AUGACUGUCAACAAGCGACCACUCCCACCUACGCCCACAUCUACUACCAGUACAAAAUACACCAAUGUCAAUGAUGCCAUCCAAUCGCUAUUACAAGAUACAAAUGUCGAACACUUGACAGAAAGAGAGAGACGCUGGUAUACUGAUUUAACCAAUUGCCACAAGGCAAUGGAGCAAAAAGAGUCUACCAUCAGUAAUCUCAAAGCCAUUGUGAUGGAAUGGAAAAAGAAGGCUAUCGAAUACGAAAAUUCUUACAAAGCCAUGAAACAGAAAUUAGAAGAUCGCGAGCAAUUUCUGAUAAAGCAACAUCAAGCGGAAAUUGAAGCCAUCACCAAAACGCAAACAGAUCAAGUCAAUGAACAUCUCGAGCUGAUUUUACAGCUGGAAGCAGAGAAUCAAGCACUGAAAAACAAGGAGCAAUGUCAACAACAACAAUUACCAAAUCCAAAUAGUGCAAAUGACAUUUACACAAGUAGCACACUGCAACUGUGUAACGAGGCUCAGGUUGCCAACAAGCUUGCCAGUGAAUCAGUUAUGUACAACAAGGACAAUUCAGACUAUUUGAUACAAAGCAUCAAUGAUAUGGUGAACGCAAUGGAAGGCACACUCCAUGAAUUCAGAUAUCACCAAGAUGAAACGCCCCUAUCGCAUUCACCGCCUGCUUUAAUAUCUGAUUCAUCUUAUUCAUCCUCUGACGAGUCCACAGAUGAACCACUUUCUCCAGCAUUACCGCAGCCACAACAAACACCUAAAAAACGCUCCAUUCGCAACAACUUUCUGUUUCGCAACAGUAGUAGAAAAAGCCAAGAUGACACGCCUUCAUCAGCGAAACGAGUAUGUUCCCUAAAUGAAGCACAUGGAUUGCAACGAAAGCCUACCAGGGCGAGUUCAUUAUUAUCGUUUUAA